AUGAGAACAAAUUAAGGGUCUAGUAGUGAUUUUUUUAAUCGUUAAAAUCAAACAAAAAGAGAUAAUAUAGAUCCAUUUGGACCUAAUUCUCCAAAUGCUUAGAAAGAAUAAACUGGUUAUGUAACAAGAGAAAAAUAUAAUAAAUUAAAAGAUCUCAAUUCAAAAUUGAAAGUAAGAGCAGUCUCUCAAAAGUAUAGGCAGCUUUGAGAGAUUAUAUGUAGGAAGGAAAAGAUUAAGAAAAGAUAUUAUAAUUGAAAGAAGAAAUAAUAUAAAAAUAUGAGAGAGAAUAAUUAAAUUGGUAAAAUAAAGGAAAUGAAGAUUUGAAAUCAUAAUUAAAUCAAUUGAAAAUUAAGAUUUAGAAAAAGAAAACAAAAAUUAGAUUAUUAAAGGAUCAAUCAAAAGUAUUUGAUGUAAAGAUGGAUGAGUAAAAAGGCUAAUUCUAGAUGGAAUUGGAUAGAGUGCAACGACUCUAUGAUGCAUUAAUUACAGAAAUGUAUGAGUUACAAAUAAAUAAAUUAGCAAGGAUCAAGAAAAAAGAUAUAAAUAAUUGAAAGAUGAAAAUAAUGUUAUUAAAUAAGCUAUUAUAUCCAAAGAUGAACAAUUUCGAUAUCUUGAAAUUGAAAUAAAAGAGGAUAAAUAAACUAUUUAGAUAUUGGAAUCAAAAAUAAAAGAGCAUUUUGAAGAAAAUAAAAUAUUACAAUUAACUAUUGAUAAUUUAAUUAUUAAGAAUGAAGAUCUAGAAAAAUUGAUUAAAAUUAAUGAAACACAUCAUUAAUAAGACAUAAAUAAAUUAUAAUCUGAUAAAUUAACAUAUUAGCAAGAAUUAAAUACAUAAAUUAAUAAAAAAAAAGAGAAGAUCAAAAAUAUGAGCAAUUAAAUUUAAUAAUUGGAUAAUUUAGUUAAUUAAAAAUAGCAGCAAGAAUUUACAUUUAAUAAUUUAGUUUAAGAAAAAUAAAAAGAAUAUAUAAUAUUAUAAGGACAAUUAGAUGAUCAAAAGAAUAAAACUGAUUAAGCAAUAAAAGAAGCAAAUUGUUAUAUUUAAGAUAUUAAAUAAUUAAAGUCUGAAUUAGAAUAAUUAAAAUCUUUAAUUAAAAUUCAUGAAGAUAAAUUGACUCAGUAUGAUUAGCAAUAUCAAUUAGAUCAAGAAGAGAAAGCAUAAAUAUUGCAAGAUUUAGAAUAAUUAAACUAAGACAAUAAAAGAUUGUAAUAAUUAUUGUAUGAAUCAGAUAAUGAUAUAUCCUAUCUUAAUUAAUAGCAUUUAGAAGUAAUAAUAUAUGUAUAUAAUAGAAACAAUAAUAAAUGGAAUAAUAAAUAGAAUAUUUAUAAAAUCAAUUAAAUUUAUAAAAGGAUCAUUUAACUGAAUCUAAAAUAUUUAUAUAGGAAAUGUAAAAACAAUAAGUUGCAAAUGAGGAAUAAAUAGAAAUCUAUAAAAAUAAAUAUCUAAAAUCUAAAUAAAAUCAGAAAACAUUAUAGAAUGAGUAAAGAUAUGUAAGUUUUCAUAUAUAUUAAAAGUUAGAAGAUAAGAUGAAAAUGAUUGAGAAUGAAAGAAUUCAAGAUGAGAGAGAAGCAAUUAAGACUAAAGAUUAUAUUAUUUAAUAAAAAUAAGUUUAGUAGAGUAAGAUUAAAGUGCUGGAUGAUAUUUAAAAUAUGAUAAAACAACAUAAAAGGACUAAUAAUUGA